GGCGAGAAUGUGCAUAUAAUGACCUCCCUCCUCGUCUUUAUACCUAAGUUCAUAUAUACUACUAUCUUCUAGCGUACAAAGCAAUUUAGUUUCUUAUAUCAAUGAGCGAAAUAGGCCUUUUAAAGGAGUUAUACACUCCUAAAUACAGAGAUUAAAAAUGGCCGAGAACUCACAAGUUGAGGGUGUCAUAGACACGCAUAUUCAAGUUCCACCUCCCGUAAGGGCUGCACCACAGCCAGACCUGACGAAAAAGGAGAACGAGCAAGAUACUAUACAAAUCAACACUCAACCGCCGAUCCCUAACAUAAUCGUUGAAGAACCCUCGAAGCCGCCAAAUAUGAUAGUAAGGGAUAAUAAACCACCUCAAUUUGUCCAAGAGCGGGAUCCGCCAAUGGUGACGCCUCUGGAGAGGCUCAAUGAACACGCUCAAUGGAUCGACUGCCCUGCUUGUAAACGGCGGACUAGAACAAAUGUCACGAAGGAGGGAGGUGGAAUGCAAUUGGUAGUAGGGGCUUUGCUGUGUUGCGUCUGCCCGUGUCUCGCUUGUCUACCAUGCAUAGGCGGGUGGUUUGAAAAUACUCGUAUUAGUUGCUCGGCCUGCAAGGCCGAUAUCGCUAACAUCUCCCAUGAUGGUCUUAUCCAGGUUGUGCCGAUACAUAGGGUAGCGCAACAGCCGUCUGUUUACUACUAGCCGGGUUCUGGUACAAAUUAGUCU